GAUCAACCUAUCCGCGCAUCCCCCACGCGCCAUCCUUUCUAGCCGUUCACUUUCCUGACAAGAUCCCCUUGGAUGCGCCACUUUUCCGCUGGUGCCUGAGGAUUCGGGCUGCUCCCGUUUGGGAGGGUGCAAAAUAACUGGUGUGUGAGCCGGGGGACGGGAAUGGCACCCGUCACUGGACAUCGACUGCACCGUGAGAAAGCGAAUGGGCAGAAUAUUAUCAUUAUCAUUAUUAUUAUAGCCAAUGGGCAGAACCAAGCAGAUCGAAGGUUUGAAAUAACGCGCGAGACAAAACGAAUUAAAUGUCAGUUUAUUUAAAAGGCCUGGAAAGGCUGCAGGCCACGCACGUAGGUGACAGAACAGAGGACACCCAACGGAGCGCUGCAAAAGCAGUUGCCUGCCUUUAAUUCUUCAGAAUUAAAUCUCUCUCUUUUCAAGCCAAGGGCUACAUUCUCUCCUCAUGGCUGAUCUUCCAGGGUUCAUAGAAUAAUAGAAUUGUAGAGUUGGAAGGGACCACGGGGGUCAUCUAGUCCAACCCCCUGCAAUGCAGGGGUCUUUUGCCCAGCGUGGGGCUCGAAUCCACAACUCUGAGAUUAAGAGUCUUCUGCGCUAUUGACAGAGCCACACAUUGCAUGGAGCAUACGUUGAGGGCAUAUGUUAGAGGUGGAUGUGGCUACUGCUAGCUCAUGCACACUCAUUCUCACUUGUACACCCUACGCAUUUGUACUUGUCUGUUUUGCUGUCUAAUGCACACCCAUUCGCUUGAGGUAUGGAGGAGGGGGUGAUCUUUAGUGAACUUGCAGCUAGGUAGGGAAGGGGCUAACAAAGAUUGGCACCAAUAGAAGGUGGUUUCAAGGCUAAUUGCUGCAGGGUGGUGGUGGUUGCAGUACACAGGGAGGGGAGAGUUAACCCCUUCCUUCGCCAGCUGUGAUCCCCGCUCCAUAUGUGUAUUAUGAGGUUCUGGCUACAAACUGGGCAGAGAGGAGAUAGGUAGAAAAGGGUAUACUGUACCCUGAAUACAGGCACUCUGUGAAAGCAAAGUCUACCCUGCUGUCUCCUAAUUGUGAGCUUCUACUGGAAGGUGCUGUUUUUCUUACAGGGACCCAGCUCUUCUUCCAUCUUCCUGUGAUGGAAAGCUCUGGUUGCUCUGAGCCUUCCGUGGAGUCCAAAUACGGCAGUGCCACUUCUUUGCCUAUUGGGCAUUAGCCCUUGAAGGAUGAUUGGGUGGCAAGGCUUCUGGGGCAUGCCCUGCAUGCCUUCUCCUUCUUGUUUCAGAGUCCUCUGCUUCAUCACCUGGGGAAAAUGUGGACGCUUGGACCCUGGCAACCGAUCUCCCUGACAGUUAGGCUUGCAAACAACCCUGCAUUGGGUUUCAAGAAUGAUUGCACUCUCUCUGUGUGUGGAUUUUUUAUGCUUGAAAACAUCCUCCUCUUGACUCCAUUGUGAAGUUUUUUCAAGCCUAGUUGCUGUGAAUUGAAGGGAUGAGAAAGGGAGAGGAAGCCUCAUGGACUGGCAGUUCCCCAGACAUUUGAAGAGGCUCAACAUUUAACCCAGAAUAAAAGGAAGAAAUGACGUUCAGAAAAGUAAACAUUUUCAUUUUGGUGCUGGCUGUUGUUAUAUUUUUGCUAGUGCUGCAUCACAACAUACUGGGUCUCAGUGAUCUAUUGAAAAGGGAAUUAUCAGAUUCAAGUCCAUUAGGCCUCCAACCGAUAGAUUUUAUACCCGAGGCACCUCAAAGGUUGACAGAGGACUGGAACGACAAGGAGAUUCCUGUGGUCAUCACAGCAUCUGAUGAUAGGCUUGGUGGGGUAAUUGCAGCUGUGAACAGUAUUCGGCAGAACACCAAGUCCAAUGUGGCCUUCCAUAUUGUCACAUUGAAUGACACAGUGGACCAUCUGAGAUCAUGGCUUAGUAAAACUAGUCUGAAAAAUGUGAAAUACCAAAUACUGGAUUUUGACCCUCGUAUGCUGGAUGGAAAAGUGCAGGUUAAGUCUGAAAUGCCAGACUCAAUUAAACCUCUAACCUUUGCAAGAUUCUAUCUGCCUAAUUGGGUCCCUAAUGCAGAAAAGGCCAUUUACUUGGAUGAUGAUGUGGUUGUUCAAGAUGAUAUCUUUGAACUUUACAACACUCCACUGCAACAGGGUCACGCAGCUGCAUUCUCAGAUGACUGCGACUCUACCUCAAAUAAGUUUGCAGUUCGUGGAGCAGGAAACCAGUACAAUUACAUUGGAUUUCUCGAUUAUAAAAAAGAAGCAGUUCGGAAGCUGUCCAUGAAAGCAAGUACCUGCUCUUUCAAUCCGGGUGUCUUUGUUGCAAAUCUAACCGAAUGGAAACGACAGAACAUCACUCAGCAACUGGAGAAAUGGAUGGCGCUUAAUGUUGUAGAGGAAAUAUACAGCCGGACUCUUGCAGGCAGUAUCACUACACCCCCUCUGCUCAUUGCAUUUUACAAGAGACAUUCAAACCUUGAUCCUAUGUGGAAUGUGCGCCAUCUUGGUUCGAGUGCUGGCAAAAGAUACUCUCCACAGUUUGUGAAAGCUGCCAAACUACUCCAUUGGAACGGACACUUCAAACCAUGGGGAAGGACCGCAUCCUACGCAGAUGUUUGGGAAAAAUGGUACAUUCCUGACCCUAGUGGCAAAUUCAACUUGAUUCGGAGGCACACCGACACUUACGAGGCAAAAUAAGACGGAAGUGACACACCCCACAUUCUUCUCAGGAACCAGACAAGACCAUAAGAGUGAAGUUGGUAAUGCUACGUCCAUUCAGAUUGUUUUAAAAUGGAGACGCAUUUAAGUACUGUACGUGAAAUGCAUGCUUAAAGAGGAGGAAGCCUCUUUAAGCCCAGGAACCUCCACGAAACUAGCAUUUUCAACCAGAUGGGAUAUUAAAGAAUGACCUUCUAGGGAUAAAAUGUUUCAGUAGACGCUGCAUCCAAGACUUUAUCACAGCUGUGUUGCACUUUAUCUCGUGUUGCACAGCAACUUGAUGUACUAAAAGGCUGCUACCACUUUUUACUGUUACUUAACCUGUGAAUAUAAGCUUUUUGGUGGAUCCCUCCUAUUGCUUGAAGAUCCAUUCAGAUUCUGACAGCUAAUUUUAAGUUCGAUGGUGGAUUUUUUUUAUUUAAAAAAAUCUGCAUUCCAAAAACUAUUUUUAUAGUAAAGUUUCUUUUAAUAAACUACCCAUCAACAGUAAAGCAGCCCUUAUUUCUUAAAAAAAUGAGGAAAUUUGUGAAUUCAUUUAUAUUCGGAUUUAUGAAUUGUGUGCAGGCAACUGAAAUGUGAAUGGUAACUUGUGCUUCACAAUAUAUCAUUCCCUCCAAUAAUUGUGCUUGAGUUCCUAUCAAUUUGGAAGCAAAAUCCCACCCUGCAAAAGUUAGUGGUUGUGUGUUCAGUGAGCUCCUCACGUAUGCUGAUUUAUAAACACCUGUAAAUCUAAAGGGGGGGGGAGAAUGCCCACUGUCACCAAGCUAAGAAUCUGUGAGUUUCCAGGACUUGAGGUUGAUUGAUAGUGAGCCAACAGAUACAAAAAAUCUUAACACAUGAACCCAUAUUAAAUACUAAACGAUAGGAACUAACUAACUUUAGCAGGCGAGAACAGUUUUUGGAAAUUCAUUAUCUGGGUAAUUCCCACAUCUACUCCCAGAACAAAUUUAGGGGAAAUUUAGGAGAACGUUCUAUGGUGUGAUGAGAAAUCCUUGCACCUGAUGGGACAUUUACAUCAGGGGUAAACAAACGUUUCCAGCAAGGGGCCAGUCCACUGUCCCUCAGACCUUGUGGGGGGCCGGACUAUAUUUUGAAGAAAAAAAAAUGAACGAAUUCCUAUGCCCCACAAAUAACCCAGAGAUGCAUUUUAAAUAAAAGGACACAUUCUACUCAUGUAAAAACAUGCUGAUUCCCGGACCGCCUGCAGGCUGGAUUGAGAAGGCGAUUGGGCCAGAUCCGGCCCCCGGGCCUUAGUUUGGUGACCCCUGAUUUACACCAACACUACGAGUGCAACCCAAUGCGUUUUUAAAAUUAGUAAAUCCUAGGACCACCACAUUUUGGAAAGCACAGUGGUACCUCCGGUUGCGGACGGGAUCCAUUCCAGAGCUCCGGUUGAAUCCAGAGGUUUCCGCAACCAGAGGGACUGCUUCUGUGCACACACGCAUGGCGGUAGAGCGCUUCUGCGCAUGCUGCAAAAACCCGGAAAUAUACUUCCGGGUUUGCCGCUUACGCGUCCCAAAGUUAACAUAAGCAGAGGUACAACUGUACAGAUUAACUUCUGUCUGUAUGUGCACAUUCUAAGCUUGGAAGCCCAUGAGCUUGGUGGUGCUGAGCCCGAGAACAAAUUAUCAUCAUUCCUCUGCCAUUGGUUCAGUAGUAUGUGGAAAUACAAGCUGUGGCAAGAUAGCUUCCUGCUUCGCUGGAAUGAAAAACAAAAAACCAUGGAGGUUUAUGGACAGCAUUAAUAAUUGUAUAAUGCCUUCCUGGUAGAGACAGGUCGGAUCCCUUGCUGCUUUUGUAUAUAAUUGAAGUACCACACAUUUCAGUUAAAAGUAUAUUAAACAGUGAAGUUUUCUCUG